GUUUAAAAAACCUGACAUGGCUUUAGUUGUGUAAUAACCAGAUAACCAGAUACACAAACUAUUCAGUCAGUCAGCCAGCCAGCCAAGCAGCCAGUUAGUCAGUCAGUCAGGCGGACUUAAUACAAAGUCGUUGCCGUCGUCUUCGUCAUCUUCGUCAACCCAUUCUUCCAAUUACAAGUACACCCAACAAAUGUUCACGAUGAUGACGAUGAACAAUGUCAUCUUGUCCAUGACAUACCGCAAUGCUGGGGCAUCCACAACCACAUCAUCAUCAGAAGCAGCCGCAGCAGCAAGAGGUGGAGUUGGAGGUGUGAGAGCAGUAUUUCUAAUGAAAACAUUACGGAUGCUGUUGCUAAUGUUAAUGGUGCUAAGUACUCCAUACAUCCAGCCAUCAUUGGCAGAAAGUGAAACUAACGAUUUGAAUACUUUAGAACCACAAAACGCAACAGCUACCACACCACAAAAAUCUCUGUCCCUACACAAACUGGAGUUACGUCAAUAUCCAAAUGCCGCUCAAUAUGUACCACCACAAGGCCCCAUGCCUCCGCAAUCAACAUUCGCCGGCUGUCCAUUGUGCGAUUCGUCCGUGUACAGCUAUUGUUCACAUAAAUUAAUCCACGAUUCCUGCUGUUGUGAUUUUCCAGGUUCUAUAUAUCAGAAGCCGCCCGAGUGUGUCUAUUAUGAAUGUUCGCUCUUGUAUGCAAAAUCGUGCUAUGAACAUUCAUUAAUUAAAAAUUGUUGCUGUAAUAAUCCGUAUUAAUAGGAAAUUUAUAAUUAAAUAUUUUCUCAUUAGUUUAAGUGUAAAACUACUGCUACUACUACUAUGGAGUACAAAUUUAAUUGAUUUUAAAUAAAAAUGAAUAAAAAAGAACUUAAUAGAAAUACAAAAAGGAAA